UGUCGCCAAACCCUAACCACGUCUCUCUACCGGGCAAGGCUUUCCUCGUCGCUCCGCUUCUUCCUCCUCUUCGAUCCAGUUCUCGUUUCCCGGACUUUGAUCAAGGAGGAAGCAUGCAUUCAACCAACCUCCUCCUCGAAGAACCCAUCAGGAUGGUUUCCAUCCUCGAGCCCUCCAAGCCAAGUUUCUUCCCGGCCAUGACUAAGAUCGUCGGGACGCUCGGCCCCAAAUCCCGGUCGGUGGAGGUGAUAUCGGCCUGCCUCAAGGCCGGCAUGUCGGUGGCGCGCUUUGACUUCUCCUGGGGGGACAUUGGCUAUCACCAGGAGACACUGGAAAAUCUGAAGGUGGCUGUCAAGGGCACCAAGAAGCUGUGCGCCGUCAUGCUAGAUACUGUGGGUCCUGAGUUGCAAGUUGUGAACAAAAGCGAGAAGGCCAUCUUGCUUGAGGCAGAUGCUUCUGUUAUUUUGACACCAGACCAAGAGAAGGAAGCGUCGUCUGAGUUAUUACCUAUAAACUUUACUGGAUUAUCAAAGGCAGUGACGCCAGGAGACACAAUAUUUAUGGGCCAAUACUUGUUUACCGGUAGUGAAACUACAUCUGUUUGGCUGGAGGUGUCUGAGCUCAAAGGUGAUGAUGUAGUCUGUACAAUUAAAAACUCAGCAACUCUAGCUGGAUCACUUUUCACUUUGCAUGUCUCCCAACUUCAUAUCAGUUUACCUACACUCACUGAAGCCGAUAAGAAGGCAAUAAGUACAUGGGGUGUCCGCAAUAAAAUCGAUUUCCUUUCAUUAUCUUACACAAGGCAUGCUGAGGAUGUUCGGGAAGCCCGGGAAUUUUUAUCCAAGUUAGGUGAUUUGAGCCAAACUCAAAUAUUUGCAAAAAUUGAGAGCGUUGAGGGUUUAACACAUUUUGAUGAGAUUCUGCAAGAAGCGGAUGGUAUAAUUCUUUCUCGUGGGAAUCUUGGAAUAGAUCUCCCACCUGAGAAGGUGUUUUUAUUCCAAAAGGCUGCUGUCUAUAAGUGCAACAUGGCUGGAAAGCCAGCAGUUGUCACACGUGUGGUUGAUAGCAUGACUGACAACUUGAGACCUACACGUGCAGAAGCAACUGAUGUGGCCAAUGCAAUACUUGAUGGUAGUGAUGCUAUCCUUUUGGGUGCUGAAACACUUCGGGGGUUGUACCCUGUAGAAACCAUUUCAACUGUAGGUAGAAUUUGUUAUGAGGCCGAGAAAGUUUUCAACCAGGAUUUGUACUUUAAGAAGACUGUUAAGUAUGUUGGAGAACCAAUGACUCACCUGGAAUCCAUUGCAUCAUCUGCAGUACGUGCUGCUAUUAAAGUAAAGGCUUCCAUUAUAAUUUGUUUCACCUCUUCUGGUAGAGCAGCAAGAUUAAUAGCCAAGUAUAGGCCUACGAUGCCUGUGCUAUCUGUGGUCGUUCCUCGGCUUAAGACAAACCAACUUCGAUGGAGUUUCAGUGGCGCUUUUGAAGCUAGACAAUCACUCAUUGUUCGAGGUCUUUUCCCCAUGUUGGCUGACCCUCGCCAUCCUGCUGAGUCUACUGGUGCCUCCAAUGAAUCAGUGCUGAAGGUUGCUCUUGAUCAUGGAAAAGCCUCUGGGCUGAUCAAAUCUCAUGAUCGUGUUGUCAUCUGCCAAAAGGUUGGGGAUGCUUCUGUCGUGAAGAUUAUUGAAUUAGAGGAUUGAAGGAUUGCUUUUUCAAGUCGUCAUCCAAAGUUCCAAUUUUGUUUACCUAGGAAAUGAUCAAACUGUUAUACGUCCAAAGUUUUCUAUAUAAACUUGGUAAGAUAUUGAGUUUUGCUGCUUGGGUUUUGGCAGAUCUAAUAUCAUGUACUAACGUUAUGCAAUUGAGGGCAAAACAAUAUUUUGUAUUUGCAACAAUUGGCUACCAUUCUUCGUGCUUUUCUAGCCUUGUUGCAAUGUUUUAGAGGAAUUUUCUAGUGCACAAAGAAUGAUGAACACUAGGCUUUGUUUGCAUCAAA